AAAUAAAACAGAUACACUUUUUGGGAAAGUGAUUUUUGGUAGGAAAAAAUCACACUGGAAAUUGACACGUGUCUUUCCUGAUAUUUGUUUUAAUAUAUAGUAAUAGAAUAGAUAUCUUCCCCUUAAAAGAAAAUAAAAAUAUAACAAAAUAUACUUAUCUCCAAAAGCCAAACGCAGUCGUUCUCCAAACGCCAUUUUCCAAUUCCAAAAUUCCAAUGCUUCUCUGAAACCCUAUUCCGUUCGCCAUUAACAAUUCCUCCUAACAACAUCAAUGGAAGACACAGAAGGGGGUUUAAGCUUCGAUUUCGAAGGUAACCUCGACACUGUCCCUAAUAUUCCCACUGCCUCUAAUCCCGUCAUCCAACCCGACCCAAAUGCUGCCCCUUCCGCCGGAGCCUCCGUCCCAACCGGUGGGUCUGCCCCUGUUGACCAGGGAUCAGGGCAAGGUAACCGCCGCAGCUUCCGGCAAACCGUUUGCCGUCAUUGGCUUCGUAGCCUCUGUAUGAAGGGGGAUUCUUGCGGUUUCCUUCACCAAUACGACAAAUCUCGGAUGCCGGUCUGCCGUUUCUUCAGAUUGUAUGGGGAGUGCCGUGAGCAGGAUUGUGUUUAUAAGCACACCAAUGAGGAUAUCAAAGAGUGCAACAUGUACAAAUUGGGUUUUUGUCCAAAUGGGCCAGACUGUCGUUACCGACAUGCAAAGCAGCCUGGACCUCCGCCUCCUGUUGAUGAAGUCCUUCAGAAGAUUCAGCAACUCACCUCUUACAGUUAUGGUGCAUCAAAUAGAUUUUUUCAACAACGGAAUACAAAUUAUUCUCAGCAAGCAGAUAGAUCACAGUUUCCACAAGGUACGAACAGCACAAAUCCAGGUGUAGUCCCAAAACCUUCGGGAACAGAGUCCUCCAACAUACAUCAACAAUUGCAGCAGCCUCAUCUUGCUGGCCAGGACCAAAUACAAAAUCUUCCAAGUAAUUCAUCCAAUCAAACAGGCAGGACAGCGGCUCCACUGCCUCAAGGGAUAACUAGGUAUUUUAUUGUGAAGAGCUGCAAUCGUGAAAACUUGGAGCUAUCAGUUCAACAAGGUGUGUGGGCUACUCAAAGAAGCAACGAAGCCAAACUGAAUGAAGCCUUUGAUACCGUUGAGCAUGUUAUCUUAAUCUUUUCUGUCAACCGUACUCGACAUUUUCAGGGCUGUGCAAAGAUGACAUCAAAAAUUGGUGAGACUGCUAGUGGGGGAAACUGGAAGCAUGCGCAUGGGACGGCUCAUUAUGGGCGGAACUUUUCUGUCAAAUGGUUAAAGUUAUGUGAGCUAUCUUUCAAUAAAACUCGGCAUUUGAGGAAUCCGUACAAUGAGAAUUUGCCAGUGAAGAUUAGUAGAGAUUGCCAGGAGAUGGAGCCUUCUGUCGGGGAGCAGUUGGCUUCCUUGCUUUAUCUUGAACCAGAUGGUGAACUUAUGGCGACUCUAAUCGCAGCGGAAUCCAAGCGCGAGGAGGAAAAAGCGAAAGGAGUCAACACAGAUAAUGGAGCUGGGAAUCCAGACAUAGUUCCUUUUGACGACAAUGAAGAGGAGGAAGAGGAGGAAGAAAGUGAAGAAGAAGAAGAAGAAGAGAGUUUUGGCCAGGCACCUGGUGUUGCUAUUCAUGGAAGAGGAAGAGGAAGAGGGAUGAUGUGGCCGCCAAACUUUCCUAUGGGUCGAGGCAUACGUCCUAUGCCAGGGAUGCGGGGUUUUCCUCCUGGCAUGAUGGGGGUGGAUGGGUUCGCGUAUGGACCUGGACCUGGACCUGGACCUGGACCCGACGGCUUUCCAAUGCCUGAUCCUUUUGGAAUGGCUCCUCGCCCUUUCGUGCCCUAUGGCCCAAGGUUCUCAGGUGAAUUUACAAAUCCGGCACCUGGUAUGAUGUUUCCUGGUCGACCUUCACAACCUGGUGGUGGAUUUGGGAUGAUGAUGGGCCCUGGGCGUGGUCCAUUCAUCCCUGGAGGAAUGGGUAUGGGUAUGGGUAUGGGUAUGGGUAUGGGUGGGAGAGGUGGUCGGCCAAUGGGUGGUAUGCCUCCUAUCUUUCCUCCCCAACCUCAAGGUAGCAAUCGGGGUCCUAAAAGGGAUUUGAGGGGAUCUGGUACUGGUAAUGGUAACGGUAAUGAUUGGGGUGAGACAUUUGGAUCGGGUCCAGAUCAAGGGAAAUUGCAGGAUAUGAGUAGUGGUGGACGUGCUGAUGACCCAUCAUAUCAACAAGGUGCUGAAAAAUUUGUAUCUCGAAACAAUGUGACAAAUGAUGAGAGUGAAAGUGAGGAUGAGGCUCCUAGGCGGUCAAGACAUGGCGAGGGAAAGAAAAAACGCCGAAGUGUGGAUGGUGAUGUGCCUGCUUUAGACCCAUAAUAAGGGAUGUUACUACAUAUUACGUAGUGUGGUCAAUUAUGGAUCGUUUCUGUCAACCCCCCAGGUAUAUUUUGGCAAAGCGACCUACCGUACUUAUUCCAGCUCUACCCUUUAUCGUACUCAAACCCUAUAAGUAAAGAAUAAUAGAUAACUUUUUGUCUCGUAGUUAGAAGAUUUCAGGAAUUUGUUGAUGUACAUUGUAUAAAUAUGAAAUAUGUACACGAAGAGGUAAUAGAUACAACAUUAGAAUGUUGCAUUAUUUGGAUGCUUAGUUGUAAACAUCAAUGUAUCAUUGUUAUUCAUGGGUUUUCUGGUA